AUGAACGACCUUACACCCAUCGAAAACGAAACAGGCGACAUGUGGUACUUUUCCUCGCGCGAGACUGUCCUGCUUCACCCCACGCUACAAAACCUGAGCAUAGUAGCAGCCAUCAUCUCGGACCUGCGCUCAGAAACACUAAGUUACAUCAAGAAACCCUGGUUCAACCCAACAUCCCUAGAAACCCUGAACCUGCUCUGCUGCGACGUAUCACCACAGUCUCUCCGCGAGAUGCUCCAGUUCCCCAAAGCCCUCAAGAACUUCACCCUAAGGGGAUCCCCCUGGACGACCCGAUGGGAAUUCUUCCUCACAGACCGAGUCGGGAUCGUGGACGUCCUCAAAACCCAAGCACAUUCACUCCUGAACCUCGAACUAGACUUCUACCUACGCACAAACUGCCCAGCCCUCGACUUCCGGGACUUCAAAUGCCUCCAACAACUCACCAUCGACCCGAAGGUCCUAAGAGGUGAUCAUUACACGCAGAGCCCCGAGACGAAGGAACACCUCCGCAAACAUUGCCACCUGCCUCGGAGUCUCCGAUGUCUGCGUUUCCGGGAGUAUAAAGAACGGAGCAGACCGGAUCUGCUAACGCUAUCUAUUGUUCUCGACUGGGUGAUAUCUGGGGGGUUACCGAAUCUAGAGAACAUUACGAUCCAGUCGGCUACGUUCUUUUCGGAGGCGAUAUUAGACGCAUCAGCCCCGGAUGGAAAGUCGUUCCAGCAGGCGUUCGGGGAUGUCGGGGUGGAGGUGGUAGUGGAGCGUGUGCGGUCUGCCCUUGAUGAUGAACACCUUACCAUUGAUUGUAGAUGUUGUUCGUUCUAUUGGCGGUAUUUGAAUCAAUGGGAUGAUUGA